AUGAGAUUGUCUCUUGAUGUUGCGAAGAGGUUCCUCAGGUUGCAAGAUAUGUUUGGGUUCGAUAAGUCACCUUUCUUCCACAAUCCAGCCCUAACAUAUCGAUCGCACUCACAAAUUUCUCUUAGCAUCGCCAACAUCAAUCCAAUCGCCAAAUUAGCUACAUCCUCGGUCAGCACAUCAGGAGUAUUAAUAACCCUAAUCCCUUUCUGCUUACAAUGCCCCCAAUCCACCUUGUCUAACCCCACACUAAAAUUAGAUACAAUCUCUAAAGCCGGUAACGAGUCGAUCAAUUCUCGGUCUGCACCGACGUUGGCGUUUCCGAUAACGGCUCGGAUUGAACCAGAAUUCUGCUUGAAGAAGUCGUUUUCUAGGGGAGAUUCCACAAAUGGAAGAGAUUGA